ACAAAAACAAAAACGUGCCUAAACUUGUGCUGGCAGUAACAUUUGGUGACAUUUAAAGUGUAGAUGGGUAAACGAUGUCUCCGGACGGGAGGUGGAUCCUCGUUAAAGCGCUAGCUCGUUUACAGCUAGCUUAAACGAACCAGCGCUUAACUGGCCGCGUAAAUGUUUUGGCUUCCCUGAUGGACACGCGGAUAAUCGCUCUGUGCUUUCUUGGGGUUUUUUCUUCAGCAGAAACGCCUCAAAGCUAUUGCCCAUCCCCACUGAUUCAGGCAGAAGAAGGUCGUAAUGUCUCAUUACCGUGUUAUGUGGAUCCCUCAGUUGACCUGUCUGCUUAUACCGUGGACUGGAAACAAACUGACUUGAACGAUGUGGUCUUCUCGUGGCGACACGGGCACGAAAAUUAUGGUGCACAGGCGGCGAGCUAUAGCAGCAGAGCAACUAUGAACCCCGGAGACCUUAGCAGAGGAAAUCUAACCCUGCAGAUCUUCUCAGCACGCCUGUCUGAUAGUGGACAUUACAAGUGUUUUGUGCCAAAACUGAAAACCUUUUGCAUCGUUCAUCUUAAUGUAACCAAAGAGAUUAAUGUCAGGUCCAGCACAACCACAUCUCCAAAUCUCCACAGCACAACCACAACGCUGAAGCCAAAUGAUCCAGAUAAACUUCUUGCCGUUCUCCUUCCUGUUGGUAUCGUCUGUCUCCUGAUUGUCGUUGGAUUUUGUCUGAAGAAACGCGUAACGAUCCGGCAAUGCCAUUUUAAACUGUUAUCAAAGCCUCAUGUGGUAGCUUCUCCAGUAAUGAUGAUAGUGAAGACUCUGCCAGAAGAACAUCGAGCCAUUUGCCCAGUUACGGAAAUUGAAGCAAAGGAAGGUGAUGAUGUCACCCUCCCGUUUUAUGUGGUUCCCCCUGUCAACCUGUCUGCGUUCACUGUGGACUGGUCAAGAACCAACCCGAGUGUGGUCGUCUACUCCUAUCGACACCAACGGGAGUCGCAUAAUGCAGCGAUGAAUGCAGCAGUCAGACGUGAAGACCUGAACAGAGGGAAUCUGACACUGUGGAUCCCCUCAGUACAGAUGUCCCACAGUGGACAAUACACAGGCUUUGUUAUGGACCUCGGGAUCACGUGUAGUGUUCAACUUAAUGUAACCAAAGACAAACUGAAAAAGCCAAAGGGACAUGAUGGUUUCAGCACUACUGGAGCUCCUCUCAACACGACGGUGGAGAAAGUUGGUCCACGUGGUGACACUGGGAUCAUUGGGAUUGCUCUUUCUUGCGGCGUCGCUCUUCUCUUGAUUGUUCUUGUUCUGGGAUUGCUUGGAAAGCUCAGUAAGCUGGUGGUCAGUCUAACGGUCAACCUCUCAGUUAGGCAUUACUUUUGUCAGCAAGCUGGAUGAUGAUGAAACCUGAUGCAACUCUUCAUUGAGCUUAAAUCAAAGGUCAUAUAAAUGUUCCUAAAUAAAAUCAUGCUUGCUUGUUUUUGGAUCCAGACUUUAUCUCUGCCAUCGUUUUCAGUGUGCUGUAGGAUCCUCACAUCCUACAUUCUCAUCAAUGUAGAAUGUGUUAUAAUCAUUACUGUAUAUUUACAUUUCCACCAUGAAAAUAAUUGAUGUAGUGUUUUGUUUUUUUUUUCCUUUCUAGUAAAACCUUUUUUUAGGUUUCUUAAUUUAAAAGAAAAAAAACCUUUUGUCUUGAUGCAUUCUCAAUAUU